CAGUCAUGUUCCCUCCUCUACUGCCACCCUGGCAAACGUACUGCUCCUCACAGAGAACUACUAGCUCAAUCCCACAUGCCCUUUUUCUUGCUAUUAUCUGCCCCUGCAUCAAUUUCGCGCUGUUUUGCACGUCUCUGUACUCGGAACAUUGACACCGGAAGCUAGGAUGGAGCACGGAAUUUUUGCUGUGCUGUACCGGAAGUAGCCUGGAAACACCGGGAUUGAAAGAUUUGAUUGGUUUGAAUGGAGACUGGGGAUACAAAUUGCUGAACAUUACCUGCACAAAUGGAAGCAGACCUGCUGGACAGUUUGGAGGCUUUGGGAUACCAAGGACCUUUACUGGAGGAGGCCAUUUUAAACAAGACAUUAGAAGCCGGUUUGACAUCUCCUGACUUUUUCCAGGUCCUUUCAUGGCUCUGCUCUCAGAUUAAAUCAUUGGACGGCUUAGAGGAAAGUAUUAGUUCCUCAGGCGAUGAUGUUGAGAGUGUUCAGCUUGAAGUAAGUGGGUUUCUAAAAGAGCUGUCAUGCCCUUAUCCUACCCUUUUGACUGGUGAUAUCAAGGAAAGAGUCAAAAGCAGAGGAGAUUGCCUGAAGCUGCUAUUGUUCCUAGCAACAGAGCUUAUGGCCUUGCAGAUCAUAAAGAAAAAGAAAAAGAGCGAGGUGGAUCCACUUGAUGCUGCCUACAAAGAAGUGAAAACCAUCUGCAGCGCUCUCCGUUUACCUGAAGAGCCUUCAUCUGAUGUCUCGGCCAUGUUAAAAACUGUGGAAGCAAAGAUUACAGAUGUGCUUUCUGAAGGGAAUCACAGUGAACUAAAGGGAAAACUGCUUAGUGCAGAGCUGAACGUGGAACAGCUGGAGCGCCUGGAAAAAAUCAAUGCAGCUCUCUGUAAGGAGUAUGAGUGUCGGCGUAGGUUGUUAAUAAAACGUCUGGAUGUAACUGUGCAGUCAUUUGGUUGGUCAGACAGAGCCAAGUCCAAAACAGAUGAAAUUGCCCGUGUGUAUCAGCCACUUCGCUACUCCCUAUCUGCAAAAUCCACAGUCUCACUAGCACAUGUUAUGGCUGCCCGCAAGGAUCUCUCCAGAAUCAUCCGCACAAGCAGCGGAAAGAUCCGCGAGAAGACAACAUGUGCAAUAAACAAGGUCCUGAUGGGCAGAGUGCCAGACAGAGGAGGGAGACCUUCUGAAAUUGACCCCCCACCUCCUGAGAUGCCCCCAUGGCAAAAAAGACAAAAUGAUGGAGGAAGAGGAGGAUGGCGAGGAGGAGGCGGGAGAGGAGGAGGUGGAUUUGGAAGAGGAGGAGGUGGAUAUAAUGCAGGAGGAAGAGAUUUCGGGAAAGGUGGUGGAGGAGGAUACCACAGCAAAGGAGGAUAUUCCAACCGUGGCAGCUAUAGUGACAGUUAUGGUGGACGUGGUGGCCAAAGGUGGUAUUAAGGAAGUCUCGUGGAUAUACUGCAGGAGGAGAGGGACUUGUCACUUAUGCAGGGACUCCGUUUUGUGCUGUGAAGGCUCUUUGGGAUCUCUCCUAUAUUUUAUAUGUGUGAGACAGGGUAGUUCAGCCCAACCCUUUUUACUUAGGUUUUUUACGCUGUAAAAAUGAAAGGAUAUUGCUGAUAUAAUCCUUAUUGUAGAUUUUAUCCCACAGACUGUUCCGCCAGUGUCUCCAUACUCUGGUUUGUUACAGGAUGUUCCUAUGUCUCAUUCUCCUGUCUUUCCUUAUCCCUCAGUGCAUUCAUCUUGUGGCGUGGAGGCUUUUUACCCAUCACCAACAUCUGUAACUUCCUGGCAUUGAGUCUACAUUACGUACACAAGUAAUUCCCUUUAUUCUAACUGCCCAAAUUAAUGCUUGCACCACCACAGCCACAAAUUCACAAAAAAGCACAAAAACAAUAGCUGUCCCUGUAUAAAGGCAAUAAUGUAUUUAUUAUAUCGAUUUUAAGGGACAUUAUAUUCAAGGAUCAUGUGCCUACAAACAAUCUAUAAUGCUCUUAGUAAACUAAAGUAGUUAAUAGCCAUUUCUGGCCAGUCAAGGAGAAGUAGCAUCAAAUGAUUUGCUUUUGGUUGCUCUUUAACAACGCAGUUCAGUAAUACCUUUAUGUCAGAGAUCAUUUCUUUUAUUAUAACACACCAUUCAGGCCAUGUUGUUCCAAGACCAUAUCUGAAACCCACUGUAGGAAUAUGAGGCCAUAACAGGACUAAACAAGUAACACCAAACAAUACCAUUUAUAUUUUAAGAGCAUAAUACCAUGUACAAGGCACAAGGGGAAUGGUUAUUCACUUGGUGAGGGGGGCUGGUUUGUUAGAUAUCCUCCACCCCUUGAUUAGAAUGACUUAUCUCAGACCCUGGGUCGGUAGCCUGGGCUCCUAUUCUGCAUCGCAAUAUAAAAGUGGCCUCAGAGUUCUGUGACCUGUACCAAAGGCUUCUGUAUUCUUCUGAUUUUAUAUGGUCACAAUCAUGUACGUGACUCCUACUGUUCUACAUUUUAACUUUAUAAUACAGGUAUGAGGCCCAUUAUCCAGGAAGCUCUGAAUUACAGGAAGGCCAUCUCCCAUAGACUCCAUUUUAAUUAAAUAAUUCUUAUUUUUGAAAAAUUUCCUUUUUCUCUGUAAUAAUAAAACAGUAGCUUGUACCUGAUGGUAACUAAGCUGCAUACAUUCA